UACUUUCAUAGUCUGUUUCGACCAGUGAAAAAUUAGCAUCUCUCAUGAAUUUCUCAGCGAGUAACGACUACUGCGGGGAUGGCAGAUUCGCCCAACAUUCCGUCAUCAUGCAACACAUUGACAAACUGGAGUUGAGACCAACAGACACGGUACUGGACGUUGGAUGCGGUACUGGGGAAGAAACCAAGUCAAUGGCAGGGAAAGUCAAGAGUGUAACAGGCGUUGACGCUUCAGAGGAAAUGGUAGCGGUGGCCGUUAAGACCAACUCGGCACCAAACGUAACAUACAGUCAAUGGGACGCCCGAGCCGUGGGAGACAACCCGGACUGGCGAGAGGGAUUCGACAAAGUUGUCUGUUUCUUCGUUCUUCACUGGUUUCCCGAGCAGACCCAAGCGCUCCGUAGCAUCUCGGCGUGUCUGAAGCCGGGCGGGCAAGCACUUGUUAUCAUCGACAACCACGAUGACCUCCUCAUUUUCACCCAAAUGACUUCGUUCUUGAAAAGUCACGAGAAGUGGGGUGCUUUUGUGCAGGUACACGUAUAA